AUGACAGCUACAAACGAAAAAGCAGAUAUCCAACAUGUCGACCAUUUCGAUGCCACAGCUGAUGAGGGGAUAGAGAAGGAGAAGCAAGACAUCUAUAAUGGUAGGAUCGAUCCUGAGACUGCGAAAUACCUCGAUCCGACUUUGGUAAUCGAUGAUGAUCUGAAUAAGCAAAUCAAGAAAUUGGUCGAUUGGAGGAUCUUACCUUUCUUACUAUUGAUCUACUUCUGUCAAACAUUCGAUAAAGCUACCCUCGCUUUCUCGUCUAUCAUGGGUCUCCAAGCAGACACCAACCUCCAAGGGCAGCAAUACAGUACUCUCGGUACGAUCCUUUACGCUGGAUAUCUUAUCGGAGAAGUGCCCGUCAAUCGGGUUAUCCAAAAAGUACCUCUAGGUAAAUUCUUGGGCAUCCUCGUCAUCAUCUGGGGAACGAUCGUAUGUAUGCAUGCGGUUUGUAAAAACUUCGGUGGUCUCAUGGCUGUCCGAUUCUUAUUGGGAUUCUUCGAAUCUGGUGUGCAACCUGCUCUCAUGACUUUAACUACUAUGUACUACCGACGUAAUGAGCAUCCUACAAUCAUUUCGUACUGGUACGGUAUGCAAGGUGUUCAACUUUGUGUGUCCGGUCUAAUCGCCUUCGGUCUCACCUACGUCAACUCACCUACCAUCUAUACCUGGCAAGCUUUGUUCAUCAUCGUCGGAGGCUUCACUGUAGUCGUCGGUGUACUGACUCUGAUCUUCUUGCCCGAUUCACCUAUGAAAGCCAAGUGCUGGACAGAUAAGCAAAAGACAAUGAUCAUCGAACGACUGAGGAUCAAUGAACAGGGUGUCCAAGACUCGAGAUGGAAGUGGGAGCAGAUGUGGGAGGCCUUCCAGGAUCCCGCGGUAUGGUGUUACUGGGUAAUGCAAAUCGCUGGAUUCAUCAUUGUCAACGGUCUUGCUGUAUUCGCCAAUAUCAUCGUUAAAGGAUUAGGCUUCACCGUCCGACAGACUCAAUUGUUGAACUUGGCUCAGGGUGGUUUCUCACUAAUCAUUUACUUCGGUACCGCCUGGGUAGCAAGGUUGACCAAUCAAACUUGUCUGGUACUUGCUGGAACCAUGGCUAUCGCUUUAGCUGGUACAGUCGUGCUUCUCACUGUACCUGUAUCAUCCAAGACUGCUCCAGGGUUGUUACUCGCUUUCUACUUUGCCAACUUUGUCAUUGCCGCUGGAUCAUUACUUUACAGUAUUGUCACUCGUAAUAUCGCUGGUCAAACCAAGAAGACUUGCGUUUCUGCUAUGCUCUUCGUCACUUACGGUGCAGGUUGUAUCAUAGGUCCGCAAGUUUUCCGAGCCAAAGAUGCACCUCGAUACAAACUCGCGUUCGCCGUGCACAUCGGGUUAUACGCAUUCUUCAUCAUCAUGACUUUCAUACUCCGUAUCAUCUUCAUGAGACGGAACCACGUAAGAAGAAGAGAUCAUGAAGGUACUGAACAACCUGGCGCCGAGCAUAUCGACCACGAUCAAGCGUUCGCAGAUUUGACUGAUCUCCAGAACAAGCGGGCUUUCAGAUAUGUUUACUAA